AUGGCCGCAGCAUCACGAGCAGGCACAAAGCUCGACUGGAGCAAGUUAGGAACGCAACUGGGCCUCCGCGGCAGCACGGCCAGCUCGCUCGCGGCCUUCAAGAAGCGCAACGACGAUGCCCGCCGCAAGGUGCAAGCCCUGUCCGAAGCGCCCCAGACCGUCGACUUCGCGCACUACCGCUCCGUCCUGAAGAACCAAUCCGUCAUCGACGAGAUCGAGGGCCACUUCAGAUCCUUCAAGCCCGUCACGUACGACGUCAACAAGCAGCUGGCGGCGAUCGAGCAGUUCGAGAAGGUGGCGAUGCGGAAUGCGGAGGAGACCAAGGAGAAGGUCGAGGUGGAGCUGAGGAGUCUGGAGAAGGCGUUGGGCGAUAUCGAGGGCGCGAGGCCGUGGGAGGAGACGACGGUGGAUGAGGUUGCCGCGGCCGCGCCGCAGAUUGAUGAGUAUGUGGCUAGAUUGGUGAAGAAGGGGAGGUGGAUGCCGCCGGGUUAUUAUGUGAGUUUUACUUUUCGAUUCUUUCUUGAUUCUUUGACAUCGAUCUCCGAUGCUGGCUGGCUGGCUGGUGGAUGGAUGCUUACUAUGCGAUAG